UAUAUUUUGUUAAUAUGUUUUUAUAAAAAUUUUUGAAAAAGUAUUAAAUGCUCUUCAAUUGUUAAUAAUACAAAAUGACAAAUAGAUGUUUAACUGUAAUAGCUGGUAUUUUAGAAGAUCCUACUUUUAAUCAUAUAUGUUUUAUUGCCGAAAGUUUAUCUACAUUAUUACCGAAUUUUUAUUAUAGAAGUAUUAGUAAAAGUUCUUUAAGAUGGGAAUCAUGGUUAAAAGAAACUUGUGAACUUUAUAAAUGGACUCACACUAAAUCUCCUCUAAUAUGGAGAGAAAUUGGACUUAGUCAAACUCAUGUAAAUUAUAUUGGGAGUAGUUAUCAAUUUUGGGAAUUGUUGCAUAAAUAUUAUAACAUCACAUCAUAUUUAAAUAAAGAAGAACUUGAUGCAUUACAAGCAGAUUUAUUAAUUGCUCAUAAUAUAAAAAGACAAAAAAGCAAACAUUUACAAGUACAAGAAAAAUGUCUUAGAAUAAUGAUAAUAGGAGCAGGAAGAUCGAUGUGUCCGGAUCUUGUGUCUCAGUUAUUAAUGACAAAAGAACUCUGGAUGACUCAUGGAAUUGUUAUUAGUUUGUAUGAUCAACCAGGAUGUUUUUUUAAACUUAGGAGAAUUUUCAAAGAUGCAAGAACAAUAGGUGCUGGUUUAAAUACAGUAAAUAUCGUGGAGAAUAUUCCUGAUGGAUUAAAAAAUUGUGAUAUAUUAAUUUAUCUUGAUAGUUUUAUGCGAGAAGAUAAUGAAGGGACAGACAAUUGGUUGCAACGUAAUUAUAAAAUUAUAGAAAAUUUAUCUGCAUAUAUAAAUGAAUAUGCACCUUCACAUAUGAAGAUAAUAUUUUGUUCAAUGAGUCUUCCAUGUUUUUAUGCUAAUAUUAUGCUUGAACUUGUUACAAAAUUAUCAAGUACAAAUAUUGUAGUUGCUAGUGCUCAUUAUGGUUUGGAACUUAUACAUACAUUUGUGAAUUCAUUAGGUCUUACUCACCAAAAUUUUGGUUGUCCACCUAUUUGGGGUUUUUUAGGAAUCAAUCAUUUUGUAGAUGUUGAUCAUAUGAUUCAAAAGUAUAAUAUAUAUUAUCCAUAUAAAAAAGUUUUAAAUUCAAAUAAAACUAUAAUACCAUCCAGAAUUAAAUAUUCAGAAUUAAGAUGGUUUUUUUACAUGGCACAUGAUAAAGAUCCAUAUAAAAAUCAUUUUAAACGUAAGGCCCUCGUUCGAUAUCAAGUAGGCAGAUCAGAAGAUUUUCCAAAAUGUAGAGCUAUUUGUGAUCUUUUGAAAUUAUGGUACAGCAAGAAAAAAAGCAUUGGAGAUGAAAUUAUAUCAUUGGGAAUCGCAUCUGAUGGUUCAUUUGGUAUACCAAAGGGAUUAGUAUUUUCACAACCAGUAUAUUUAAAAGAAUGUGAAGAUGGCACGCGAAAAUGGAUUCCUUUCAAAGAUUUUCCAAUGCCAAACAUGCCAAUUUCUAUAUUUCAAAAUUUUAUAGAUACUGCUAUUGAUAUUAAGGAAAAAAUAAUUAAAUUAAAAAAUGAAAUUGAUAUAACAAAAAUUUAAUUACUAAUUUGAUAAUUUACUUCUCAAGAAAUUCUUUUUUAUUAAAAAAAAUUACAAUUUUAUUAUGUAAUACAUAAAAACACUAAAUUAUUUAAAUUUAUUAUAUAACAUAUAUGUAUAUUAAUCAUUAUAAUAUGCAAAUAUAAUUAUUAAAAUUGCACAUAAUUUUAUAAGUAA